GAGACGUGGCUGACGUUUCGUGUUGUGUCAUUUCAUUUGUCGCCGCAAUUUCUUUCUACGUGCUCAUUUUCGAUCAUUUGCUCUGUAUUUUAUUUAGAACACAGUGAUUUAAAAUGGAUCAAAUCGCCAAGUUUGUGGAACCAGGCAAGCAGUUUGCCAAGGAUUCCAUCAGAUUAGUGAGAAGAUGUACCAAGCCUGACAGGAAAGAAUUCCAAAAGAUUGCCAUCGCUACAGCUAUUGGUUUCUGCAUCAUGGGUUUCAUUGGAUUCUUCGUAAAGCUGAUACACAUUCCAAUCAACAACAUCAUUGUAGGAUCGUAAACUGUAGUUCAUAGCUAGUUUAGAUUUAAUUCUUACCUGUAAGCCUGCACCUAAGUUAAUUCUCAACUACACAUUUUCAUUUUAUUAUACCUAGAAUAUAAAAUAUUUCAUUUUAUACAAAACUGUUUUAUUGUUCUAAUCAGAGAAACUAAAUAUGUUGAUAAUUGUUUAUGUAUACCAGUAAUUUACAGAAUAUUAAAAUAUAAAUGUAAUAGGACAUGUCAAAAAUAA